GAGAUCGUGCGCGCGCAUCCGCACGACGAGAACGCGUUCACGCAAGGCUUGACGUACGCCGCGCCGGACGCGCUGUACGAGAGCACCGGGAGCGUCGGCGGGCCGUCCACCGUGCGCGUCGUGGACCUUAAGACGGGCGCGGUGAGGAAGAAGACGACGCUGCCGACGCGGAGCUUCGCGGAAGGGCUCGCGGUGGACGGCGACGGGAAGAUCGCGGUGCUGACGUGGAGGUCGCCGCUGGGAUAUCUCCUCGACCCGGACACGCUGAACGUGACCGGGACGUUUCGAACGUCUCUGAGCGACGGGUGGGGGCUGACGAACGACCCCGCGGGCGACGGGACGUUGAUCGCGACGGACGCGAGCGACGCGUUGAAGUUUUUGAAGACCACGGGGGGGGGCGGCGGCGGCGGCGGCGCGACGACGACGACGACGAUUAAGUCGACGACGAUCAAAGACGGCGACCGCGCGAUUCGGUUCGCGAACGAGCUCGAGACGGUGCGGGACGAAGUGUGGGCGAACGUCCUCGAGCGCCCGUGCGUCGCGCGCGUGAACCCGAGCACCGGCGCCGUCGUCGGAUGGAUCGUUUUCAACGACCUGAAGUCGAAACUCCCGGCCGGGUCGAGCGUCGAAGCCGGGGUGAUGAACGGCGUCGCUUACGACGCCGACGGCGACCGCGUGUUCGUCACCGGGAAGAACUGGAACGCGCUGUUCGAGGUGAAGAUC